UAUCGGUUUCCGACAUAAAUACCGACUGAAAUCUCUACCUUCCGAAUAUUUAUUGAUUUUCUGACGUUCGGACUUUACCUACCGCAAACUUCGGUGAAAAGCUCUAGAUUUUCAAAUUGUAGAGUUUUCUGUGGAGUUUACUGAAAAGCGAAGAGAAAACAGCAAAAUGUUGCUGCUAUUGUUUCAGAACUAGAAGGCGACAAUUUGAUUGGUGUUGAUGAUGCAGCCACCGGAGUUAAAAUGUAUGGACCCAGAAAAUUAUCGAAAAUACUUUCGGGCACUUUGUUGGAGUUACACCAGGAAAUGGGAGCGGAAGUCUCAAAAGAAGCUCACGAAAAAGGAGAAGCUUCGGCGCUUCAAAGCAUUAAACUCUUCACCAGUAUGCUUUGCUCCAUCUAUACUCAGCAACCCUUCACAAUUUGCUGUGUAUGCGAGCGUCCGUAGAUCUAUCCUCAUGAGAUGGAUGCACCUUCCGGGAGUCAUGUCAGAACAAUCGGAUGACAGUGAUGACGACGAGGCUUCAGCACUUAUGCCCUUGACCAAGUUGCCUAAGGUGACUGGUAUUGGUUUGCGCACGGUAUUCGCGCUGAUCUCGCAGGCGCGGUUCACCGACGCAGAGUUCAGUGAGAAUGCUCUCAAGGCUCUGCUCGAUGUGCUGCAAGGGCACACGCCGGAGGAACUGGCGCAGGAGCCCACCGAGAUAAUAACCAACCUGCACGCCAUGCUGAUCGAGGUAGCGAGCGGCAGCGGGCCGGGCGGGCGCUCGGAAGCCCCCACAGUGCUGACCUCUAUGAGCAGUUCGUGUCUCAUCGCGCUGUCGGUCGCCCGAGGGGAAGCCGAGCUCAUCCUCAACGCGGUCGCCACGCUGAUAAUGUCGCCGCCCGCGCUGUCUGAACAGACCUUGCAGAUCCCCGCGAACCUGACCAUCCUGCAGCGCAGCGUGCAGUCCGUAAUCCUCGGCUCUCCGUCCCGCAACCAGUGGCUGAACUACGGCGUCCCGCACCAGUCUCUAGUCACCAGCUUCCCCGUCGACCUGCCGUCCCAGCUCACCGCCGGACCCGGCGAACUCGUCGUCCGCUCGCUAGCGUCUGACGGCUGCUACCUCUACGUAUACACGUCCAAAGGCCUCUUGAAAAUCGGAUCAGGAUACGGCAGCUCGAUUAAACAACACGUUUAUUUGCACAAACCUGACUUCUUUGCUAGUGAUCGACAUGGCUGGCUAGGGUAUUGUAAAAAUAAGUUGUAUGUUAGGAUUGGAAGAAAGAAGACUGAAGUAUAUGAAAUUGAUAGAGAGACCUUAGAAGUGAAGAAUAUGAUAAGGCUAGAACCCGGACAUCCGGUGCCCAUCGAACCAAAAUCGGCAGUCUUUACGGAUGGCAACCAACUCGGACUGAUUAUGCUGACCAAUUUUGACAACCUAACCAUAAAAAUGUAUGAAGUGGACACCAAAGAACGUGUGGAAGGCACAAAUACCACGACACUGACGUCACACAAGCAUUUCAACGUGCACCUAUUGAGGCGACGAACGCUCGCGCUGGGGCGAGCGCCCUUUGAAGACAACUUGUCUCGGCGGGCCUCUGAGCUAGACGCUCCUGUGGCUAUGCAGCUGGAAGACAAUGAAGAUGACCCAUUGUCCAGUAUUUGUGCUGGACAGGACUUCGGCCUUUUGACCACCGCUUCGGGGAAGGUAUACUACACAGGCAAAGGAGCCAGCCUUGGAUAUAAAGCUGCACCCCCUAAUUCAGGCCGCUGGACUCUCAUGAAGGAAGCCAUGUUUAUGAAGAAUGAAGCUCCUAACGUGAAAAAGAGCAAAGUCAUGCAGGUGACAGUGGGUCACGAGGGCAUGCAUGCCAUCAUGGUAAUGGACAACGGCACGGCGAUGUUCACGGGCGUGGCCCGCCGGGGCGAAGACGGCGACACCAACAAGCACCGCCGGACGCCGAAACCGACGCGACCUAAGAAGAUAUUCAAGGCUGAAGGUCACCACGUGAUAUACGCGGCCUGCAACUACGGCUCGACAGCUUUAGUGACGAGGCAAGGCCUCCUUCUCAUGUACGGCAAAGACACGCAGCAUUGCGACUCCAACGGAAUCGUGCAAGGAUUACGCCACGAGAGAGUUAUUCAGGUGGCGCUGGGCAAAGCACAUGCUGUUGUGCUGACUAACUUCGGUCAAGUCUACACGUUUGGCAUCAACAACAAAGGCCAAUGUGGGAGGGAGUUUGGCUACACCAAAGAAAAGAUGUACCCGCGAGAGCGGCACAGCGAGAGCGCGCGCGAGGACGUGCAGCUGUGCACGAGCACCCACGCGUGGGCGAUGGACUACUGCCGCGUGUGCGCCGUGUGCCGCGAGUGCACCGGCUUCGGCAGCGCCUGCCACUGCGCCGAGCUGCCCAACCGCGUGCCGGGCGAGAGAUGUGGGUGCGGCGAAGGCGACAGCGGCUGCGGCAUCUGCGGCGCGUGCCGACGGUGCGCCGAGACGUUCGCGACGGCCGGCCGCUCCGAUCGCCCAAACGACGGCGACGACGACGGCGACGGCGCCGACGCCUCCGGCAAAUCCGACACCAGGAGCGUGGUUCCGGCUGAGUGGACCACUGUCGCUCUUCCCGUGGAAGACACAAAAGAGAAAGAAGGCGUCCGCUUCACCCAGUACGAGGGCUCGCCGCUCCACGCGGCUGGGUCCGAGGCCGACAGAGACGCGAGCAUGAAAGUGAGCUCGCUGCCGCCGGCCAGGGUGGCCAUCCCGGGCGGCCACCGGGUGGUGGCGGUGGCUUGCGGGCUGCACCACACCGUACUUCUGACGGAACACGGCGAAGUCCUGACCUUCGGCUCGAACCAGUACGGGCAGCUGGGUGCAGGUGACGUGGCGGCGCACCACCGGUUGGUGCGCGUGCGCGUGCCUCGUGCCGGCUCUGUGGCCGCCGGUUCCUACCACACGGCUGUGCUCACGCGAGACGGGGAGCUCUACACCUUCGGCAGCUACCAGAAAGGCUCGCUCGGCCGCCCGCGGCUGGAGGAGCCCGCCCGCAACGACCGCAGCCCCAUCUGGUACGCGACGCCGGGCCGGGUGCCGCGCCUGGGCCCGCGCCACGCGUGCAAGGCCGUCUGGGUGUGCUGCUCCGGUGACCAGACCUUCGUGCAGGUCUCGCAGGCGCUCAUCAAGACCGACACGCUGUUCAGCGCCACUAUCACUGCUAAUAACAACGCUAUUGUGAUCCUCCCGAACCGUCCGGAGCACACGUUCAAGUGCAUCACCAUCAACAAGGCUGACGGCGCGUGCAAUGCGUGGACCGGCCCCGAGCAAGUAGACUUUGUGAACACGUUGGCGUGUCUCGACCCGUUGUAUGACGCUCUCUGGUGCUACCAGCCGCAGAUGCGCGUCAUGAAGUGCUAUAACAUCCUCGCAUUCGACUCUCACAAGCUGCACCGAUGCUGCAACAACGAUGAUUCCUACCCCUCCGACACGGAGCAUGAAUACCCCAAAUUCGGACCCAUGAGGCGACUGGACGAAUUCAAGAACCUCCAAGUCGUAGAGACCUCUGUUCUGUACGAGAACAAACCGCCGGAAAAUGUUGCGCUGUCUAACAUGUCAGUGCUAAAUCAGGAGUUGGCGAUCCCGUCCGCGCCAGGAUGCUCGGUGACGAGGAUGCAUGCUGCCCUGCAUUUGCUGGGAUGUCUGGACUCAUUGACAUACGCACAUGAUUCUAAGCUGAACCAAGUGGAUUGCAAGCGAGACAGCGCAUCGUCCCCGACGGUGCCGGUGAAGGAAGAUUUCCUCACGGUGAACAGAUUCGAGAACCAUGGAGGCGGCUGGGGCUACUCCGGCCACUCGGUCGAAGCUAUACGUUUUAUGUGCGACACUGAUAUACUGCUUGGUGGCAUCGCCCUCUUCGGCGGGCGCGGCGACUACACGGCCAAGGUGAAGCUGUUCGACAUCGGCGCCGAGGGCGGCGACCAGGAGGGCGACGGCGAGGUGCUGGCCGAGAGCGACGAGGUCGUGUUCGAGUGCGCGCCGCGGGACCGCUACCCGAUACUCUUCGAGGCGCCCGUGCCCGUCGUGGCGAAUAGAUGGUACGUCGCCUGGGCCUGCAUCAACGGCCCGUCGUCCGAUUGUGGCUCGUCCGGUCAGGCCAUGGUCAUCAACGACGAGGUGGGCUUCCACUUCAAGACCUCCAAGAAGUCCAACAACGGCACCGACGUCAACGCCGGCCAGAUCCCUUGCCUGCUCUACAACCUCAUGAAUGCAGACCACACAGUAACAGUCAAACACGUCGAGCAGGGCGACCCCAUCAUAGUCCUCUCAAAGAACAUCUCUCGAAAAGUCACAGUGUCCUGCUUCCGCUCGCUCAUACACCUGCUGCAGUGGAGCUGGACCACGUUCAAAAACGGGAUCAUGGACACGAACGGCCAGGUCCCUAUCAACUAUCAAAAGCUUACGCUGAUGAAACAUCAGAAGCGAUUGGUGUACGUCAUUCGGGCAUGCUUACGAUUGAUAAAGUCUUAUAUAAAUGAGAUUUACCCUCAAAAUAAUCGGAGGAGGAACACUCACGAGUACAUGUCGUACUUCGAGGCUAUCGGGGAGGCGCGGAAUUUGAUUCAGAAGAUAAUGUCUGAGAAGACGCCGACGUGCAACAUGCUGCCCCGGCGCGGCAAGAACAAGACGCACCGCGUGUGCUUCGUGCAGUUCGCGCUGGAGCUGACCAACUCCAUUCUGAAGGAGGCGCACGAGACGAUCACCACGUGCUUCCACGCUUUCUUCCCGACGCCCACUCUCAAGUGGAACCAUCUCUGCUCGUUGCUGUUCCAUGUGAAGGACGGCAUCGUGCCCGGCUCGCAGAUCCGUGAGCUAACAUCGACGUGCGCGGCGCUGUGCGCGUCCCGCAGCCUGCGCGACGUGCUGCAGUACAUCGUGCCCGUCACGCAGUGCUCGCUCGGCGAGUACUGCCGCCCCGACAGCAAGGUUCUAAAAGACGUGCCCUCAAAAUCGGCGACGGUACCGCGCUCGACACAGAAGCCGCCGCCGAUCCCUCCGCGCGCGAAUAACAAGGACGCACCGAAGGCCGCAGAUCCUACAGAUAGUAAAGCGAGCCACACCGAGUGGAACCUUCUAGACUUGAUUCCAAGACUGCUGGACAUCGUGACGAUCCCGAUCAAGAAGCAGAUGAUGACGCGGCAGUGCGGGCAGCCGCACGAUCACGGCGAGCUCAAGCAGGGCGAACAGCUCUCGGAGUACUGCUGCAAGCUCGUCGGCAGGCUCGUCGCUGAGCUGUCCUUCAGUGCCACCAGCGUACGGGGUGACCUUCAAACGAACAUCGUGAAGCACGUGGUGACCCCACCUCGAUUCAUGCGCGUGAACCAGUCCCGCGCGUGGCACACCGGCAACGGCAGCCCCGACGCGAUCUGCUUCACCGUGGACCGCAACGGGGUCAUGCUGGUCGGCAUCUGUGCCUACGGGGGCUUCGGCCGCUACGAGUACACGUUAGAGCUGCUGCAAGACCUGCGGUUGCGCGCGACUGCUGAUGAUGCAGACCCUGGCCAUUGCUGGGUGAGCGUGGAAGUGACUCAGGGCACGUUUUCCACGGCCGACUGCCAGCACGACAUGGUCCAACUCAAAUUCGACCGCCCUAUAGCACUCAAGGAAGACCUCCGCUACGCGAUCCGUCUAUGCAACCACGGUGGGCGAACCGCCAACGGCGACUGCGGACUGCCGUCAGUGAAGGGCCCCGACGGGACCACCUUCCGCUUCGCCUCGUGCUCGCUCAGCAUCAACGGCACCUCCAUGGCACGAGGGCAGAUACCCUGCCUCAUCUACUAUGGGACAACAAAACUGAACAACGUGUCCGAGAGCGCCGACACUUUGAUCUCGGAGUUGCGCGCGAUCACGCUGCGGGUGGCCACGCUGGUGGUGGAGCGCGGCGCGGCGCUGUUCUGCACGCUGCGCAACGAGCUCACGGCCGAGGACCUGCGCCGCAACGCCGCCGUGCUCCAGCACUCGCCCGUCAUCAACACGCUGCUGCCGUACACCGUCGCGCAUCUUGACGUGCUGGACGACUCCAAGAGCAUGAUAACGCUCCUGGAGAUGGUCCACACGCUGCUCCCACACGUGGCCGCCAUGAAUCUGCUGGUGCCAGCAGCUGAGGAGGCCACGCCCACCACCACCGGCCAGUACUACACCUGGGUGGAGAGCGACCACCCGUACAAGCAGGCCACCGUGUCCAACUCCAGGGUGCUAUUCCCUCCAAACGUGUCCUGGAUAGUCCUGGAACUGGACCGUCGCAGCAUCACGGCUCAGCCCGAGGACACUCUCACGGUGUUCGGGUCGGUGGGCCCGCCGCGCCGGCGCUGCCGAUGCGCGAGCGACGUGCGCAUCCCAGACCCGCCCUUCCGCAAGGUAUACAAGCGGCUGAUCCAACUCACGUCUGAGUCGGGCGAGCCCGAGGAGCUGUGUGACGACAGCGAGCCCGACACGCCGUGCCUGCACUACAACUGCACCUACUUCAGCGUCACACCCAAGCUCUCCAACAAUGCUGCCGAAUGGCCCCCACAAGCCUUAGUGGUUCCUGGAAACGAAGUGAUAUUCUCUCUUGAAACAGCCUCGGACUACCUGAACGAAUAUAAUAAGUCUAACAAUGAGGACAACCGCUACGGCUACCGCUGCCUAUGCGUGGGUUAUGAGGACGCGCCGUUCGUCGGCCAGCGCCAAGGGCUGGUAGCGCUGGAAAUGGAAUUGGUUUAUGCUGGCGCCGGCUGCGCGUCUCGCCUGCUGGCACCCGACCUAGAGCUACCCGCCCUUAAUUUCUCAACGGUGGUGGAAGUGCAGUUCCUGUCGAUCAUGGGCACGGGCGCGGACGACCCCGCGCCGUCCGCCGGCGGGGCCCAGCUGCUCGCGCGAGGCCUCGAGCUCUCCUCGCCGCCUACCAUCCACCAGGUCUUGGACGGACACCCGCUGAUACGGUGAGUCUGAAACACACACUUUAAAGGCCGAGAAACAACAGAUAGGUUCUUGACAGCGAUAUUG